AUGUUGUUGAUUGAGAAGUUCUUUGUUGGGGUUGUGAGGAAGGAGGGUGCAAAAGAUGGGAACAUAUAUAGAGAACGAUUCUUUGGUGAAUCCCCUAGGAAGAAAGGGAUGGUGCUACCACAAGAGCUGAACCAUCCUGAAGGGACCAAGAUACUAAUCGAGGUUGUUUUGGCGUGUCAGUAA